UGGGAUAAUGUGUAUAUAUGCAUGAUGAGCAGUCAUUGGUUCCCAUGCCUGGGAAGAGGGUAUUUAAAUCACGUGAUGUGAUUUGCACGUGUGAAAUGUGUUGUAAUCAAUAUGUGAUCUGAACACCAGUAAAGUAUGUUUUGAUAGCAUUUGGUGGCUGGCCUCAUGAAUAUAUAACAUAAAUUGGCGACGAGGAUAAAGUGUGAGAAGACAUGGCGCAAAUCGGAAGAUUGGAUGAGUAUAAACCGGAAAAUGAGUCCUGGUCUGCAUAUAUUGAACGAGCGGAAUUGUUCAUGAUUGCAAAUGAUGUGGAUGAUACGAAGCAAGUAGCGACUUUGCUUAGUGCUGUGGGAACGUCCACAUAUGGAUUACUACGGAAUCUGGUUCAGCCUGCGAAGCCAAAGGAUAAAACGUUUGAAGAAAUUGUGAACAUUCUGAAGGCCCAUUUUGAACCAAAGCCGUUAAUAAUAGCUGAGCGUUUCCGAUUUCAGCGCUGUGUUCAAAAGCCCCAUGAAACUGUGUCCCAGUAUGUUGCUGAACUGAAACAAUGUGCAUCUAAAUGUGACUUUGGUGCAAGUUUGGAUGAGUCUCUACGUGAUCGUUUUGUCAGCGGAAUCCGAAGUGAAGCAUGUCAACGAAGAUUGCUUUCGGAAGACACACUCACUUUUGCACGGGCACUUGAAGUUGCUCACAGUAUGGAAACCGCAGAUCGAGAUACGCAACAGCUGAGGAAAACAGAGGAUUCAGCGACAACAGUGCAUAAGGUAAAUGCAAAGACUGUUUAUAACCAGAGACAAUGCUAUCGCUGUAAAGGGAAAAACCAUAAUGCACAGGAGUGUUAUUUUAAAAACUCUAAAUGUCACAAUUGUGGAGUGAUUGGGCAUAUAAAGAGAGCUUGCAAAGUUAAAAUGAAGUCACAUCCUAACAGUAAAUAUGCUGAACAACAGAACAAGCACAAAGUAACAGCUUAUAUGCAUGCUGAAGAGCCGGAGCUGGAAAUGUUUUCCAUGUUAAGUGAUACUGAGAAACAGUCUUUCCAAGUAAAUUUUACUGUGAAUCAGCAGGAUUUAUUGAUGGAGAUUGAUACAGGAGCGGCUGUAAGCAUCAUUUCACAACAAGAGUAUAGACGAUCGUUUGCCCAUUUGCCACUGGAGGGAGCUAGAGUCAAGUUAAAGACCUACACCGGUGAAUGCAUUCCAGUGUUGGGUCAAUUCACGGCUACUGUACAAUAUGAGGAUCAAGUGAAUGAGUUACCACUGAUCGUAGUCAAAGGGAAUGGUCCAAACCUGUGUGGGAGAAACUGGCUUCAGAAAGUAAAACUGAAUUGGAAGAUAAUUCGACAUGUGAGUAAGCAGCCUGGGUCCAUUCAAGAAGUGCUGGACAAAUAUAGUGAAGUCUUUAAGGAUGAGCUGGGCACUUUAAAGGACAUUAAAGCCACUAUUUCAGUGAAACCAGAUGUGCCACCCAAGUUUUUUAAAAGUCGUCCUCUUCCUUUUGCUAUGAAAGAGCGUGUGGAGAAGGAAAUUGAUAGACUGGAAAAAGCUAAUGUUAUAUCCCCAGUAAAAUACAGCGAGUGGGCUGCUCCAGUUGUUCCUGUUAUAAAAAAAGAUUCCACAAUUCGCUUAUGCGGAGACUACAAAGUCACUGUUAAUCAAGCUGCCAACACUGAAGUGUAUCCCUUGCCACGGAUCGAGGAAGUGUUAGCCACUUUGAGUGGAGGGAAGUUGUUUUCCAAGAUUGACUUGGCACAAGCAUAUCAACAAGUCGUGCUGGAUAAUGAUUCUAAGAAGUAUACGACAAUCAACACUCACAAGGGAUUAUAUGUGUAUAAUCGUCUUGCUUUUGGCAUCAGUUCAGCCCCUUCCAUUUUUCAACGAAUAAUGGAAAAUUUGAUGAAAGAUCUGAAAGUAAUUGUGUAUUUGGACGAUUUGUUGAUCACAGGUAAAGAUGAGCAAGAACAUCUAACAAACAUUUGCAAAGUCUUACAGCGUCUUCAAGAAUCAGGCUUAAGAGUAAAGAAAUGUAAAUGGGAGUGGGGACAAACACGGAUUGAGUACCUGGGUCAUGUGAUCGAUGAAAAAGGGGUGUAUCCGACAAAAGACAAGGUAAAAGCUAUUCAAGAUGCGCCAGCACCAUCAAAUGUGAAGGAACUACGAGCUUUUUUAGGUUUGGUAAAUUAUUAUGGACGCUUUGUACCACAGCAGAGCACAGUGUUGGCACCACUGUAUAGACUGUUGAAAGAACAAACUGCUUGGUGCUGGGGGAAAAAGGAACAAGGUGCUUUUAGUAGAUGUAAAGAAUUGCUCACCAGUGACAAAGUGCUAGUAUACUAUGAUCCACAACUGCCUUUGACUUUAGCAUGUGAUGCUUCCGCUUAUGGAAUUGGUGCGGUGCUUCAGCACAUCAUGCCAAAUGGUGACGAGCAUCCCAUUGCAUAUGCUUCACGUACUUUGUCCCCUGCUGAAAAGAAAUAUUCACAGAUUGAGAAGGAAGCUUUGAGUGUGAUCUAUGGAGUUAAAAAAUUCCAUCAGUAUCUUUGGGGAAGAUCUUUUAAUUUGAUAACUGAUCAUAGACCAUUAGUGACUCUGUUUGGUGAACAUAAGCAUUUCCCAAUGAUGGCAGCUGCUCGCAUUCAGCGGUGGGCGAUAAUUUUGUCGGCAUAUGAUUAUCAUAUCAUGUAUCGCAAGGCAGAAGAUCAUGGAAAUGCAGAUGGCUUGUCACGAAUUCCAUUACCUGAAAUUACCGAUGUAGGAACAGAAGCCAUUUCAGCAAAUAUCAACACACUUUUGACAAACCAUCUUCAAGAAGCUCCUCUAAAUGCAGCACAGAUUGCCAGAAUGACAAGAACAGAUCAAGAACUUUCUAAAGUGUUUCGUUAUGUCAUGGAAGGUUGGCCAAUUGAAGUGUCAGAUGAUUUGAAAGUAUUCUACGCGAAAAGAGAUGAACUGUCAGUAGAACAGGGAUGUCUGCUAUGGGGCACACGAGUGAUUGUACCAUUCAAAUUUCGAAAAUCAGUGUUACAGGAAAUUCACUCAGGACACCCUGGCAUUGUUAAAAUGAAAGCUCUGACUCGUAAAUACGUGUGGUGGCCUAAAAUUGAUACGGAUAUAGAAAGAGUUUGCAAGGAGUGUCAAAUCUGUCAACAAGAACAAAGAAUGCCAAGUCACGUCCCUCUUCAUCCUUGGGAAUUCCCGGAUUGAAGAGAUUGUUUUCUGCAUAUGGAUUACCUGAACAAAUCGUGACUGAUAAUCCAACUACUUUUACUUCUGAUGAAUUCCAAAGAUUUGUGAAGCAGAAUGGUAUUAUGC